UUCUCACCCACGCUAAAGCCCCUGCUUCAUCCACAUCUGUGAGUCUCACAGAGAGAGAGAGAGAGUCGUGCGCUGCAAUGGAAGACCAUCCCUCGACACGACAACUCAAGCGAGCUGAACUCACCCAAGCUGCUUCGACUCCGACCAUGUCGAAGCGACCAAGACCUGACGUCCUCGAAGAAAGGUCUGAUUUACAGCCCGAGCGCGUGAGCGAAUCGCCUCUUCUUCUUCCCUCUUCGGACUCAUCGGAGAAGAUCCACGUGCCGUUGGCGUACGGAGCGAAUUCUGACCCAUCCGCUUCGUCCACUCCUGUGAUCAGAAACAAUUACCAUGUAUUCUUGAGCUUUAGAGGCCCCGAUACUCGCAAUGGCUUCGUCGAUCACCUCUACCAUAAACUCAAAGAUGUGGGCCUGAGGUUCCAUCCAAACUUCGCGUUCAGAGAUGAUGAGGACCUCCCCUUCGGUGAGGACGUUGCUGCAAAUCUUAUCAGUGCAAUCAAGCACUCUAAGAUUUCAAUCCCGGUCAUCUCGGAAAAUUAUGCUGCUAGUCAAUGGUGUCUCCGCGAGCAAUGGUGUCUCCGCGAGCUCAUUCAAAUAGUGGAGUGCGUUGAAAGAGGAGAGCAAAAAGUCCUGCCCGUGCUUUACAAGGUGGAAUGUAAUGAUGUGCGAAACAUGCUGGGAAAAUUCGGAGAUGCCUUCCGACGCCGCAAGCAUAGAUUUGAUAAAGAGGUCAAGCGACAAGGGAAGGAAGCGCUCAAAAAAGUACUUGACUUUAGAGUAUUCGAAUCAGAGAAAUUUGCUUGUGGGCAUGAGGGGAAAUUAGUGAAGGAACUCGUAGAAAGUGUAUUGCGUGAGCAACAAGGAGAUUUUCAGCCACGUCUUCCCGAGAACUUGGUUGCAGUUGAUGACUAUGUGGCUGAGGUUAUGAAAUUGAUGGAUACUGCUCGUCCUGACGCUCCAAUUGUUGGGAUUCAUGGGAUAGGGGGUAUUGGUAAGACAACUCUGGCUACGAUCAUCUAUAACAAACUUUUUGACAAAUUUGAGUGGCGCAGCUUUCUCAAGGAUACUAGGGAAACAAUUAAUCGCGAGAGUAUCAAGCAUGUCCAAUCUCUACUAAUCUCAGAUAUAACAAAAAGCCCUACCAGUAGUGUACGUGAUUCUGAUAUAGGGAUUGGAAAAAUCCGAUCAAGUUGUGAAAAUAAGAAGGUACUUAUUCUUCUUGAUGAUGUGGAUCAUCCGGACCACCUUGAUAAAUUGAUUGGAGGUUGUAGUUUCGGGUCGGGAAGUAGGAUCAUCAUUACGUGUCGAGAUAAGGCCCUCUUGAAGUCCGAAUAUAAAAGGUAUGAACUCAAAGAAAUGAAUAGUGAAGACUCUUCGCAUCUGUUUAGCAUAUGUGCAUUUGAAGGCAAACCACCUCCAAAAGAACUAGCGACUCUUUCUCAUGAUAUCGUUGCCACCACUGGAGGGCUUCCCUUAGCUCUCACGGUUAUAGGUUCACUUCUCAAAGGAGAAGAAAAUCAAGAUAUAUGGGGAGAAAUGUUAAAGAAAUUGAGGAACGCGCCUGUUAAGACAGUGCUACAAAAGUUGAAGAUAAGUUACGAUUCAUUAGAAUAUGAGGAACAACAAAUGUUUCUAGACAUAGCAUGUUUUUUCAUUGGAACUGACAAAAGAAUUGCCACCUUCUUAUGGAACGAUCUCAAAUUCUACCCAAGAAUCGGAUUGCAAAUAUUGAUUAACCGUUCGUUAAUAAAAAUUGAUGGUCAGAAUCAGUUGAGAAUGCAUGAUCAACUAAGAGAUUUAGGCAGAGCUAUCGCCUGUCCAGUAGAUAAGAAGCCUUGGCAUUGUAGCAGACUAUGGGACAACGAAGCCACCAUGAAAGUCCUACGACGCAAGGUAACAAUGGCGUCUACUUUUGGCCUAUCUCAUUUGUCAGGUACUGGGAUUGAAGAAUUACCCGAAUCCAUUGGAGAAUUGAACAAAUUGAAAAUUCUAAGAAUUUCUUGGAGUCGGAUAAAAAGGUUACCGAGCUCUAUUGGAAAACUGCAAAGCCUCCAAGAGUUAAAUGCCGACGGCUGCGUUGACCUGGAAGGAGAAAUUCAUGUUGAUAAAGGUGGAUUGUCUUCUCUAAAGACCCUUGGUUUAUUGGGUACAAAAAUUUCUCGCUUGCCCGAAAAUAUCAGCGAGCUUUCUUCUCUCGAACGCCUCGAUUUACAUGGCUGUAGAGAGCUUCAGUCACUCCCAAAACCUCCUGUUAGCUUAUCAUCCCUGCGUCUCACCUGUCGGAGCAAUGAGCUGCCUUCGCUCUCUCACCUCAAGCAUCUAAAGCAUCUCCGCCUUUAUUCUUGCACGUCUCUUCAAAGCAUCCCAGACCUUCCCUCCUGCAUACAGAUGCUUAUCGUUCGGGAAUGUCCCAAAUUGGAAAGGUUGCCAAAGCUUUUCGAUUUGGAAUUUUUGUCGGAAUUAGUGCUCUCGAAAUGCUAUGGGCUGAAGGAAUUGGAUGGAUUGGAAGCUUUGAAAUCCCUAAGAUUGUUGCGCCUAUGCAGCCCAUGGUUCUCCAACCUUGGCGACUUAGAUGUAAAGGCAGAUCAUCUCCAUGCGAUAGGAGGCCUUGAAAAAUUGGGAUCCCUGGAAGAGUUGGAUAUCUCUGGGCUCAAGCACAUUCAAGUACUGGACCUUUCAAAGUCGGAGCAUCUGAAGGUGUUGAUUGUUAGGAAUUGCAAAAGCUUAGUUGAAAUUCGCUGCCCUAGUAAAUCCCUAAAGCUCUUUAAAACGUAUGAGUGCGAGUCACUCAAGAUAUUCCCAGACUUUUUACCACCCACCCGAUGAGGAAUUCAACUACGAGUUUGAUGAGGAAGUCAACGAGGUUGAUGAGGAAUCCGAUGUGGAAGCUGAUGAGGUUGAUGAGGAAGCUGAUGAAGAAAUGACCAGACUUUGUUUGUAACUAUGAUCCAAAGUAGCAUUUUCUCCAUGAGUUACAAACUCUAUGCUAGUCGACUGUUGCCCGCACCAAUGCGAAAUUCAGAGUACAGAGCUGAUUGAAUCUGACAGUUGGUCCACGAUUAAGCCAUGCCCUCGAUCGCUGGUGCUGCAUUGUUCCGUCAUGGAGUCUGUCCCCGAUUCGCCUGCAAAAACUCCAUCUGUGCUGUUUGGGAAGCUUGAUUGUGGAAUGAUUGCUCUCUCUGAAGGCAGAUAUAUGGCCUUGAUCAGGCUGAAAGUAUUAUCAUCAACAGUGGAAACCUGUUCGGUCAUUGUUUGGUGUUGACAAUGUCUACACCUCAGAGGCUUAAAAAGAACAGAGGAUUUCCACUAUAUUGUGGAUAACAGUGCGAGAUCCAAACCAGAAGUAUGGAGGAAGUAUUAAAUCAACCGUAUUGCUUUCAUGUUUUUGGGAUAAACAUGACAAGUAAUCAAUGGGUGGUUAGAAAGGUGAUUUGCUUAAGUCCUUUAAUAGUUGAGAGCUGAGCUAGAUCUCUUAUUGCCAUCUUUUCUUGAACUAGAACUCAAAUCAGAAUGAUUUGUUAUGGCUGCCAUUGAACAAAAUUGGAAAGCCACUCCUGCAAUAACUGUGUUUCAGCCAGAAAUGUGCUCCAUUUUUGGCUAGGCCGAUGGCAGGGACAAAAGAUCUUCAGAGCUCGGGUAUUACCCAGCUGUUAAUGGCACCAAAAUGAAGUGGGAGGAGCUGUGCAUAUGAUUUUUAAUUCUGUGUAGAGCUUAAUUGGUACUGCAUCAGAAGCGAGGACUUCCAACUAUGAUUGUAAUCUUGACAUUGGAAUAGCUCAUUGGCAAUAUUAGGAGUGCAAAUUGACUUGGAAGAUACUAGUCAUGUUCUUUUAUUAUCAUUUUCACAACAGUUUGAUGCAUGUCCGAUGAGAGAAAUCAUGUUCUUUCAUUAUCAUUCACGCAAAGAGAAUACCAGAAUGAUGGAGAACACAUAUGCCCCAUGUAGAAUUAUGAAGAAUAUUUGCAUGGCAGCGGAACCACAGAGAUCGGGUUCUAGAGAUCAUCCGUGUUUCCUAGUAAUUGUAAAUAUAGCUGGUAAAGUAUCAUAUUUAGUUAAGAAUACCUACUUCACAUUAGUAAUUUCAGUUUGGUAUGGGGUUGUGUCGAUGUCUUAUUGUUUCCUGUCUUAUUUGAAGUAAUCUUGGGGAAAUUGGUUGACUAAGUGACUGCAAUGCUUCAGCAUCAUCUGGCUUGUGAUCCUGGUGUGUAUGAAAAUAGAUAAGAAUGAGUUCGAAGUACAUUGCAUGUCAUUAUACAUCAUCAGUCACAAAGAAAGACUCUUCAUCCUUGACAUCACAUGAAUAUGUUCUUAUGCAAACAGAGAGUAUUACCUUUCUGCAAGUUCUAUUAAGGUUCAUUUCCUAGAACAGAGGAUGUUUAUUAUGUGUUUUUUUUUUCAAUUCAUUCAUGCAUAAUAAAAAAAGAAAAACUUCAUUACUUGUUAGCAAAAGUUCUACCCAAAAGCUUAAAGUAUUAGUUAGAGGUAGACUCAAUAUAUAUAACCCCCGUUGAAACCCUUUAUUUAACCAAUGUGGAAUAACACUUCUAAUAAUUGAUUGAUCAUGGCAACUACUCAUGUCUAUGUGGUUUUGAUUGCAUUUUUAGUAGCUUAUGUCCACUUAUUCUAUCAUGGAUUAAUAAGCCACCGGAGGCACCAUCAUAACAUUUUUACUUUUCUCAAAUCCAAGACACCGAUGUUGAGAUGAUGAAUUUCCAUGGAUCUAUAUGCAACUUUGUUUGUCAAUUGAGAAGCUAAUGCAUAGAUUGCUCAAUCUGAUGAUGGAUUCAUGGCCUUGAUCCUGUCAAAAGUAACAUCUUGUCCGGUGGAAAUCUAGUAGGAAUCAUGUUGUGCUCUUUCUUGUUUUUCGUCAUGCCUAUAUCCAUCUCACAUGUUCAUACCAUCAGUUAGUGUCUUUAUGUAUCGAUUUUGCAUCAUUUUGUCCCUUCUUCAUCUGGUGGUGACAAUUUCUCAUGCCCCUGAUACUUUAAAUGACCAGGAGCUUCACUAUAAUUUCGGUAGUGGUAUGAGAUCCAAACCAAAUAUCUGGGAUAUGGAUGCAACAAGGACAUUCUUUAAGCCAAUUGCAUUGUGUUGUGCUUUAUGAAUGGGAGCUGUCCGUCAUAGUAAUGAAAACAGGUGCUUUACUUCACUCUCGGAAGGUUUGAGA